GGAAUAUUUAUGCAUAUAUCAUUAGGGGCGUAUGUGAGAUUGCCAAUUUGCUGAGUUAGAAAAGAAGCGGAAGAUGUUUGAGUGCCUCUAUUAUAUGUGCGGGCUUGGCCGACGAGAUGAAAAGCCCAAAGCCCGUUAACAGGCGGGCCCCCAAUUUUAUUUGAUUUUGGUGCAAAUCUAAGUUUCCUUUUGUAGGUUUCCGAUUCCUGCCAAAUUGAAAUCCAAAGCCCUUGGUGCAAUUUUGGGGAAGACGAGAUGAGAGGGAUGAUGAGACUGAUUUUACUACGUCGUUUAGCUGCUCGAUCGUCUUCCAUCACCGAUAACAACACCAUACUCUCCUCCUCCUCCGCCGCCGCCGCCGCCGCCGCCGCCGUCGCCGUGGAGAGGACCUCUACACAUUGCUUUUCCGCUAAUGGUUUUCACCCUGCUCUCCUCAAUCAUUCACGGAACUUCUUCUCUCCACCGUCCUCAGAUGAAUCUUUCACACCUUUUUCCGUUAAGUCAAUCAGACACUUUGGUCAAGCGGCAAAGUCGGAGGAUGAAGAUGAAGAAGUAGAGAUUGACCAAAGAAGGCUCCCAGCUGAUUAUGAUCCCGCAAACUUUGACCCUACGGAGCAUCGUAGUCCCCCAACCGAUAGGGUAUGGAGUCUCGUCGAUGAAAUAUCUGGACUCACGCUCGUUGAAACUGCUGAGCUUUCUACUAUAAUGAUGAGGAAAUUAGGUAUGAAGGAGAUGCCUGUUGUUGGUGUAAUGAAGCCAGGUGCUGCUGGAGUGGCCAUGAAUACUGGAGCAGCUGCAGCUAAGGAAGAAAAGAAGCCCGAAAAGACGGCCUUUGAGCUCAAGAUAGAGUCUUAUGAUGCAGCUUCAAAGCUCAAGGUCAUUAAAGAGAUACGGAGUUUUACAGAUUUGGGAUUAAAGGAAGCUAAGGAUUUGGUGGAGAAAACUCCUUCUGUUCUUAAGAAGGGAGUUUCUAAGGAAGAAGCCGAGAAAAUUAUUGAGAAGAUGAAAGCUGUAGGGGCAGUAGUGGUUAUGGACUGAUUUCUUGCACUUUACGUUAGUCCCUCUCUCUCUCCCUCUUUUUUUUUUUUUUGACACUGUUUUAUGAAAACGGUCCAGAAUCACUGGUUCAUUUACAAUCUUGAUGUGGCGAUGAUGUAUGUUCGACAUCCUAAAAAUUGUUCCAGAAGAGGAAUUUGGUUCUGGAUUUUGUUCUCUUGGUUUUGAGUGUUGGAACUAAAAUGAAGAUGUUAUGUUUACAAGUUCCUUAACCAUGUAAUGUAGUUCUGUUGCUAUAUCUACUGCCUUGAUUGAUAAUUACAAUUCAUUCUUAG